CUGACCGCCAAGAUCUACCGAACUGAAGCUGGUCCAAGGGCCAACAGGCAGCACCAAUCGGAGGGCGUAACGAAGGGUGACAAGCCAACCCACCGCGCUCGGCGUUGCCGGGAGCCGCGCUAGGAGUAAGCUAAUGAGGAGGAAGUUGUGUGUUGAAAGAGCGACGCUGAUUAGUCAAUCUUAAAUGACGUUAAUGAAAGCCCACUUGUGAUUCGCUCUAAGUAAACCAGAGCCCAGUGGGCUGGAACGGGCCGGAAUCUGAGGCGUGAGUAGGGCCCCGGGGAGAGUGGGAUCCAGGCUUUCUCUGAAUGCCUUCAUGGGAGUGUGCGGCAGGAAGACUGCACUGGAGUGCUGAGGACACUUGAUUGUGCGGCGUGCAUGGGGAGCCGCCGCUGCCUCCCCGCAGGAUGACUGGCACUGUGCUUGGAGUCGGUGCGGGCGUCUUCAUCUUAGCCCUGCUCUGGGUGUCAGUGCUGCUGCUGUGUGUGCUGCUGUCCAGAGCCUCCGGGGCAGCUAGGUUCUCUGUCAUUUUUUUAUUCUUUGGUGCUGUGAUCAUCACAUCAGUUCUGUUGCUUUUCCCGCGAGCUGAUGAGUUCCCAGCCCCAGAGGUGGAAGUUAAGAUUGUGGAUGACUUUUUCAUUGGCCGCUAUGUCCUGCUGGCUUUCCUUAGCGCCAUCUUCCUUGGAGGCCUCUUCUUGGUUUUAAUCCAUCAUAUUCUGGAGCCCAUCUAUGCCAAACCACUGCGCUCCUACUGAACACUCUUCAGGAAAAUGAAAACCUGUUCUCUUCUUCAUUGUGAUGACACUGAUGAGCAGAAAGUCACUAUUCAGAGCCUUUGUUUUGACAGCCCUCAUGCCUUAAGAUUAGAGGAGUAUCCGUCCAUCACUAAGACAAAUCUCUUGAGUCCUGGCUUCCAGAAACAGAAUUGCCAAAUUGUCUCGGUGGGGCUAGAUUCUCACCAGCUUACGAAGGAUAUUGCUAUCAUUUUAGUACCUGUACCUUAGGAUUUCCGACUGUUUUGAAAGGGAAAUAGUAAUGAUGAUCUGCUUAGAGUGGAUUUCCAGCCAAGUCCUUAGUAAGUGGAUUUUGGGGAAAAGACCACAUUGGCUUCUGGUUCUUUUUGAUAAUAUAUAAAAUUCUUCAUUAUGAGGUUGCAGUCAUUUGCAAAGGAGAGGCACUCAAAUUCAUAAGGUUAUUUUAAUGCGAUAAUUUGGAAGACUUGCUCAAAUGUUGGUCAUUGACCACUCUGUGCAUAUAUUUCUGCAGAGCUCUAUAAAGGCAAUGAGUAUCACUUCCCUCUGCUCUAAUAAAGAAUAAACAAUAGCUGAAAGGCUGACUUUCACUUUGAACUUUUGGCCACAGCUUUUUGAAUCAAGUAUCUUUAGGUUUCCUUGGGAUUAGAGGAAAGGUAUGGAAAUAUCUUUUUCUUUUGUUUGUUUUUUUGUCUUGCUGUGUAUCUGCAGGGUUUUUUUCUUUCAUGAUGUGGUGGGCUCUGUGUGCCUUAUUUAAUUACCAUGAGUUCAUUUUUGGGGGUCUUCUCUUUUCAUCUUUAUAGCCCUUUCUCCAAAGCUAGUGAGGAAGGUAUAUUCUCAACAUUAGAUGUAACUCUAUACCUGUCUGAUCUCCCAGACCAUGUGAAAUUUGCAUUAAAUGGAGGGGCUCUGGUUAGGUUCCACUGGAAAUCUGAUCCUGACUCUCUAGAACCAUUUGAAAAAUAGUCUUCUGUCUUAAAAUUAAGAACCAAGAAAACAAGCUGGAAAGAGAACACUGAUGGAGUACAUGCUCUAAGCUAGUAGCACACUAAUUUCUUUGACGUUUAGUUUAAUUUUUACAACAGUCUCAUAUUUAUCAUCCCCACUUUAAAGUAGAAAAAAACUGAAGCUUCAAGAGAUUGACUUGCUCAAGCUUCACCUAACAGCCAGUUCGCAAACCCAGGUGUGGCAGCCCCCAGGGCUUGUCUCGGAAAGAAAAUACACUAGGCUUAGUGGAACUCCGAUUGACAGCCUGAGGUAAGUGAAGGCCCCUGCUCCUUCACUUUCUCUCCUCGAUCCUGUUUUCCCGGUAGAGAAGGUACCCAGUCCUGCCACCCUAGAGGCAACUAAGCUCUAAAUUCCAAGAGGAGAGAACAGGUAAUCAUUGACAGUCAUGGGCUGGUGAGGGCCAGGUAUAGUUAGCCCUACAUUGAACAGUCUCCUUUAUCUUAUUUUGGAAAAACUUCGCCGAUAAGGCUUUAUACAGAAAGCUUCAAAGGAAAUAGUUUCCUAAUCUGGCCUAGGGCACACAGGGAAGAAAAGAAGAAACAUCUUCUAAACAGAUUGAGGGAAAGAAAAAAGAAUGCAUGCAUCUUAAGGGAAGUGAGACAAGCUGGGGCCCUCAUGGUAUUGUGCUUCUCCGUGAGUCUCUAUCCAGCCCAAGUGGAAGCUUGGCUCCUAACAAAUCCAGGGUGCCAGUUGUUACCCUAUUCUGAGAGCCUUGCUGAGAAAGUAACUCUGGGAAAACUAUUAUAGGUUCCUGACCAUGAAUCCAUCUUUUUUAUUCCCCGCAAAGAUUACUCAACUAUUCGAUCAAUGCAUAAUAACUGUGAGAUUUUGGGUGACUAUUUAGAUGGGGGAAAGUGUAUUAAGGUUGGAAACUAAAUUAUAUCCUUAAUACUACUGUUUUC